CACUGUCUGUAAACAAGAAUAGCUGAUGAAGAUUGUGUUUUGUAUAGUAAAGAUUUAGAUAAACAUUAAUAAAAUCACAUUUUUGUGCUAAGUUGUCCAAUGGCGCUACUGACGAAAUACCGUAAUAUAUGGCGAUUAGGAGAAUUGUGAACCUAAUGAUUUCGUUAAUCAGAUUCAGUUUAGGUACCUGCAAUUUGGUAGAACCAGGAAAUGUGUCACCAGAACGGUCCGUUCCUGACCACAUCGUUAAGCCCGACUAUUACCAUGUUCUUAACUCACCUAAACGAAGUGAAGGUUGGCCGGAGAUUAAAGACGAAGUGCAGAUUCAAGGAAUGCGAGAAAGUUGCAAACUUGCCGCCAAUGUUCUGAAAAAGGCUUGUGCUAUUACAAAGGUUGGAAUAUCAACCGACGACAUCGAUGUUUUCGUUCACGAUGAAAUAGUCAAAGCAAACGCCUAUCCUUCCCCACUACGAUAUUUGGGAUUCCCGAAGUCAGUGUGCACAUCGGUAAACAAUGUGGCUUGCCAUGGUAUUCCGGAUGACCGCAAGCUUAUGGAUGGUGAUAUUAUCAACAUUGACAUAACAGUGUAUUACAACGGGUUUCACGGAGAUUGCUCUAGGACAGUUCUAGUGGGAAAUGUUGAUGAAAGAGGUCGUUUUUUGGUACAGUCUACGGAAGAGUCUCUAAACGAAUCAAUCUUACUUUGUGGUCCUGGACAAGCUCUGUGUGUAAUAGGGAAAUCGAUCUCACUAUUUGCAAAAUCUAAGAAGCUGAACGUGAUGCCGGCAUUUGUUGGACACGGCAUUGGUAGUUACUUCCAUGGACCUCCUGAUGUACUCCAUUUUCAUAACAAUUAUCCCGGGACAAUGCGAACCGGUAUGACAUUCACAAUUGAACCAAUUUUAACACUGGGUGAUGUGGAUGCGGAAAUUCUGGAUGAUGGAUGGACUGCUGUAUCUGUAGACAAUGCCAGAAGUGCACAAUUUGAGCAUACGAUACUAAUCACCGAAGGCGGUUGCGAAGUGCUCACUUUACCAGAUUAAGCAUAUUCUGAAUAAUGCGCUUAAACGAUGAAUGCGUGAGAUUAAUUAUUUUUAUUGGUCGUUUUAUAGAAUGAUAGCUCAAAAAAUAAAACU